UUCCUUUUUAGUGGGCCGUUUCGUUGGAAUGAAGCAAAAAAUACUCUGCUCCUCCGGGAAUUAUACUCAGAGCCAUUUCUGUACAAAGUGGGCAGCAAGGAAGCUGGCCAAAAAUGGACAGAAGUAGCCGAAAAACUAAACUGCUUCAGUCUUUUUAGAGACAUGCCUCGGGAUCAGCGAAGCGUGAGGGAACAAUUUAACAAGCUGUUAAAAGACUACAAGAACAAGAAAAACAAAGAAGAAAAAGCAAGUGGGAUCAACCCUGAUCCACCAACAGAAAAUGAAACAUUGCUUGAGGAAUUAGUU